AGCCAAUUAUUUUUUCUUUUCCACAGACUGAGGCCGUGCAGAAAGCCAGGAGGUUAUUAAUUGAGCAGGCGCCUGAGCUAACAAGUUAGAUAGAGCUGUCCCUCGCGUAUACUUCCGCGUGCAUGUGCCCUCCAUGCGCGUGUAUCAUUCUGAAAGGAUGUCGCCCCGUUACUGCGGAGAGGUAUAGACCCGCUGUGUGAUACGGUCGUAUAAAUCUACCCGCAGGACCACCUUCCAUUUAAAGACAACCUCCUCCUUACUUCACUUCUCACUUAGUGAUGUUGUUUUUUUUGUUGUGAUCCUGUAAGGAGAAAGAGAAAGAGGGAGAGAGAGAGAGAGAGAGAGAGAGAGAGAGAGAGAGAGAGAGAGCAAUCACAGAAAGAUAACGACUUUUGAGCCUUCUUUGAUUCCUCUUUUGUUUAUUUAUUUGUUUUUUUAAUCUGUUAUUUUCAUCGCUAAAUGUUACUAUUUUGUUAUUAUCUUUAGGACAAUUUUAUAUUUCUUUGUUAAAUGUAUAUUUUUGAUAUAACUGUCAGUAUCGGGACUCCAUCUUUCAAGACUCACCUGUUCAUUUGAAUGAAAAAAAUAUUUUCCACUUGUUUUAAGCAUUUUUCUUCACUUCUCUUAGCGAUAAGUGUAGAUCUUGACCUUUUUAAGGACGUUUUUAAAACUUUCUUGCGCAUAAACGACAGCAAGUCCAAAGUAACAUGGCAGUCAGACUGUGUGAUGUGGCUUCUCUGCUUCGAAGUGGUUCGUGGGCAGCAGAGCCUUGGACUGGGCAGGUAAUUGCUGCUAUGGAAACACAGCUGUCCAAUGGACCCACUUGUAACACCACAUCCAAUGGUCCCACAACUAUUUCAAACAACUGCUCCUCUCCUGUUGAGUCGGCAAACACGGAGGACAGUAAAACAAACUUGAUUGUGAACUAUUUGCCUCAAAAUAUGACCCAAGAAGAACUGAAGAGUUUGUUUGGUAGCAUUGGUGAAAUUGAAUCCUGUAAGCUUGUACGAGACAAGAUAACAGGACAAAGCCUAGGAUAUGGAUUUGUGAACUAUGUGGACCCAAAAGAUGCAGAAAAAGCCAUCAACACUUUAAAUGGCUUGAGACUUCAGACCAAAACAAUUAAGGUGUCCUAUGCCCGCCCUAGCUCAGCUUCCAUUAGAGAUGCAAAUCUGUAUGUCAGUGGACUUCCGAAAACCAUGACUCAGAAAGAACUGGAGCAGCUAUUUUCUCAGUAUGGGCGCAUUAUUACAUCUCGUAUUCUGGUGGACCAAGUUACUGUGGCUGGAGUGCCAAUCCUGCCACCAACCCCCAAGUUUUCCCAGCAAGUUGGAGGACUAUCUGCAGGGCGGAUACAGUUUAACAUCAUACCAAGGACAGGAGUCUCCAGAGGAGUUGGAUUCAUAAGAUUUGACAGAAGAAUUGAAGCAGAAGAGGCAAUUAAAGGUCUUAAUGGUCAGAAACCCCCCGGAGGAACGGAACCUAUUACAGUCAAGUUUGCAAAUAACCCAAGCCAGAAAACUAGUCAGGCGCUACUGUCUCAGUUGUACCAAUCUCCAAACCGAAGGUACCCGGGGCCUCUUGCUCAGCAAGCUCAAAGGUUCAGGCUGGACAACCUCCUUAACAUGGCAUAUGGAGUAAAAAGGUUUUCUCCAGUGACCAUUGACGGAGUCACAAGUUUGGCUGGAAUCAACAUUCCUGGACAUGCUAGCACGGGAUGGUGCAUCUUUGUGUACAACUUGGCACCUGAUGCCGAUGAGAGUAUCUUGUGGCAAAUGUUUGGACCCUUUGGUGCUGUCACCAAUGUAAAAGUAAUACGUGACUUCAGUACAAACAAGUGCAAAGGAUUUGGGUUUGUCACUAUGACAAACUACGAUGAAGCUGCAAUGGCAAUAGCAAGCCUAAAUGGUUAUCGUCUUGGGGACAGAGUUUUGCAAGUUUCAUUUAAAACAAACAAAACACACAAAGCUUAAUGGUUCUUCGGUUUAUAUUAAACUACAAAAAUACAGAGUUAAAUUUUUACAUUUAAUAAUUCUUUGUAAAUAUGAAUGAAAGGCUUGUUUUUUUUUUUGUUUUUGUUUUUUUUAUUAUUAUUAUUGCUGGUCUCUGACUUAGUCUUAAAUAUUUUAUGUUUAGAAAAGCAGGAUUUUACCUGUUGAAUCUGAUAACCUUCUUUGAAGGUGAACCUUUUAAUAUUAUGGGUGAAGUAUUUUUUUUUGGUUGUUAACUGCUUUAAAAACAAUGUGAAAGUCUUUCUGUUUAUUUUGAUGCCUUUGAUGCAUUUGCUGUUUAAAAUAAUAUAUUUAUUUUGAGCUUAGUUCCUUUGUUAAAACCAGUAUUUGAGUUUGUUGGUUGGGUUUAGGGUGAGAUACCUAAUGCUUAUUGUAAGAUUAUUGGGAAAAAAAAUUUCAUAUAGCAGUACCUUGCCAAAGAGCUAAUAACCUCUUUGAUGUGGGUUAAAAAGCAUCUAUUUUUAUAUAAAAUAAAAUAAAAAAUUUGGAGAAUUUUUACAGGACCUGAAACAAAUAUUUUGACUUGAUACUUUGAAAAAUGCAUUCAUAUGACACCUAGUGAGCUUUUGAAACAGAAAUUUACAGUGAUUUGGAAUUUCUUGAAUGAUUAAUGAUAGUUAAAUUUGAAUUGUUUGUAUUAUCUAAGGCUGUAGACUCAACAGCACUAUUGGCCUUAUUUGCUUAAUCAUCAGCGGAAAGUGUAAUCAUCCUGGUUAUUCUACAAUGAUCAGCUCACAGUAUUUUGGGAGGGUUGUGGGGCUAGCAAUUUGAGAAAGGAAUAGGUGGCAAUUACAGCAGUGGCAUGUAAAUUGUAGAGUUUAAAAAAAAGGGGGGAAAAUAAUCAGUUCUUCCUUACGAUUUCCCUUCAAGAGAGCUCAUGGUGUUUAGUGAUGUACUUGCUAUAUUGUUAGAGACCUGUUUUGUGUUAAUAUUUAAAGAAGGUUUAACUGCUCCUACAAAUGCCAGGUAACUCUUCAGGAAAAAUGUAUUAAAAUAGUGGUUUAAAGAAAGAGUUGGAAGGGAUUACACCUGAGCUUUAAAAGUUGUGUAAAUACAAAUCCAUUUUGACUUUAUAAUUUAGAUUGAAAACUUGUGCUUUUGUUUAAUGUGGUUUUCUUUCUCUUCAGAAGUUAAAUGCCAAAUGAUUUGUUUUUAUUUCUUGUUCUUAGUUUUGUGUUUAUUGGCUUAUUGUAUGUUUACAUUUUAACUGGACUUGAUUAUUUUUUGUCAAAAACCAUAUUUACAGUGCAUCAAACUUGUCUGUUUUGUCUGUAGUCUUGCUUCUGCUUAAGCUAUUGUUAUUUUUUUAUAUCUAAAUAUAUACAUGUUACAAAUAUAAAACAUUUUGAACAAAUUUGCUUAAGUCUUUCAUAAAGAAUUUAAUAUGUACGCUGUUGUCUAAAUGCUUAAACUUUUUGGACGGAGAGUAAAAUUUUUGACUAUCUCAAAUAUUUUCUUCAUACCAUUUAACCAACAAAGGCAGAGAAGACUUGGUACAUCCUUUGUUUUGAUGCACUGAUUACUGUAGUUAUGUCCAGCUUUGUAUACUGAUUACUAAUAAGCUUCCCCUUAGAACAAGCAGCGUGCUAUGCAUACAUAUGACUUUUUACAAUUUAGGAAUACAUAUACCGUGGAUCACAGAAUGUUGUAAUCAUGCAACUUUUUGUGCUUACCCAAUGAAUGCUUUUGCAAUGUUUUUAGUCUAAAAAGCAUUCAUUUUUAGAAUAUUGAUUUGUAAAGUUUGCAUCAGAAAGCAGGCUUAAGUAGCACGCUAGUGGCAAAGCAUUAAAAAUUUUACUCUGCUGUUUGUCAAAACAUUUCUGUAAGGUAGAAAUUUAUUUGAAAUUGUACUGUAUAAUUCAGUUCACAUCUGUUGGAAGAGAAAAGUCUUCUGUUGUACUUAAAAGGAUGUACUUUUUUUUAUAUGUUGUAUUUUUCAUGUUCAGUACAUCAAUAAACAAGUUGAAGGGAA